AUGGACGGCAGAAGAAACACAAUUCAUGUACUAAUGUUGCCAUGGCUAGCCCAUGGACACAUUUCACCGUUUCUAGAACUAGCCAAAAGACUUGUAUACAGAAAUUUCCAUAUCCAUUUGGGUUCAACUGCUGUAAAUCUCACUUCAGUCAAGAAAAAAAUCCCAGAGAAAUUCACUGACUCAAUCCAACUCGUUGAGCUAACUCUUCCUUCUUCCCCUGAACUACCUCCACCUUACCAUACAACGAAUGGCCUACCACCCCACCUCAUGACAACCCUCAAAAAAGCCUUUGAGGAAUCAAGGCCUAACUUAUCUUACAUUCUUGAUACUGUAAAACCCCAAAUCGUUAUUUACGACUAUAAUCAGCCGUGGGUGGCAGAACUGGCUUCUUGCCGUGGAAUCCCGGCGGUGCAAUUUCUCACAGUCAGUGCAACAAUCACUUGUUUUAAUCUUUUCAUGUAUCAAAAACCAGAUGAAGCAUUCCCGUUUCCAGAGAUUAAUUUGAGGCAGUUCGAGAGAAAUAAGAUUCAAGAAUUAGGGGACUCACAAGUGGGCAAUGUUAAAGAGAGUGAUCGGGCUCUUGCUGCUCUGACAAAAUCAAAAAACAUUGUUCUUAUCAAAACUUCUCGAGAGAUCGAGGGAAAAUACAUAGAUUUUCUGUCAACUAUAUGUAACAAGAAGAUUGUCCCUGUAGGCACACUUGUUCAGGAUCCUGUGAUUGAAGACGAAAAUAAGGAGAUAAUGGAAUGGCUUGACAAGAAGGAGAAGAAUUCAGUAGUGUUUGUUUCUUUUGGCAGUGAAUAUUUUCUGUCCAAGGAAGAGAGACUUGAAGUAGCGAAGGCACUAGAGCUUAGCCAGGUUAACUUCGUGUGGGUUAUCAGAUUUCCUUUGACGGAAAAAAUCAAGAUCGAAGAGGCAUUGCCACAAGAAUUUCUUGAAAGGGUAGGAGAUCGAGGUCUUAUCGUGGAAGGAUGGGCACCGCAAGCCAAAAUUUUAGGCCACCCGAGCAUUGGUGGCUUCGUCAGUCACUGCGGAUGGAGUUCUACACUGGAAAGCAUAAAAUUUGGUGUCCCAAUAAUCGCCAUGCCCAUGCAAAUUGACCAACCACUUAAUGCAAGAAUAGUGGAAGCCAUUGGAGUGGGAGUAGAAGCUUUUAGGGAUGAGAAUGGGAAACUUCAAGAUGAAGAGAUUGCAAAAGCGAUGAGGAAAAUUAUUUUGGAUAAAAGUGGGGAGGAAAUAAUAAAGGGAUCAAAACGAGUGAGUGAGAACUUGGAUAGGAGAGGAGAGGAAGAGAUUAAUGGAGUGGUGGAAGAGCUUGUGGCACUUUGUGGGGAGAAAGUUGGUGACUAG